CUCACACACCAAAUCAAUAGAGAAAAUUAUUAACAGGAAAAUUGUUUUCUUGUUCCAUUUAUAAUGAGUGGAAAUUUUUGAGAAAAGUUUCAGCACAAUAUUAAUCCAGUUUGUUCGUGAGUUCCGUUGAUAGCAAAGAUUGCCUCGGUGGAUACGCAUAGAGUCUUCAAGAUCAGCAACAAAUACAAUAUGUCGGACAAGCUUAGCCAAUUGCCAGAUGAGCUUCUUGUGUCAAUUCUGUCUCAGUUGACAUUGAGGGAAGCAGUGGUUCUGAGUUGUCUUUCAAGUCGAUGGCGCUAUAUUUGGACACGUGUCACACGUCUUAACUUUAACCUUCCAAUUCCCAUAGAGGAAUGGGAUUGUAAAGAUACAGAAUUUUGCAGAAAGGAAGCAUCGAGACAUAUCGAUUGGGUUAAUCAUGUUUUGGCUUUGCACAAGUCAAAGUCUAAUUGUCAUUUAGAAGAAUUCAGUGUCUCUUGUCUUUUUCAAGAUAGUUUUCAAUGUGAAGUUGAUAAAUGGCUCAACUUAGCAUUAGCAACAAAAGUUGAAAGCCUGAAGAUAGAAUUGUUCUAUCGUCAUUAUUGGCGAGAGAAUCAUGCUUGUUUUAAUUUGAAGGACUUGUUUGGAUUUCAGAAUCUCAAAGUGCUGACUUUAUGCGGGGUUGAUGUGGAUAGUCAAGUGGUCAAGAUGUUCCUCUCAAGCUGUGCCCUUCUCGAACACUUGUCAAUCCAACAGUCUAACCAAUUGCAACAUCUGGAUAUAAUUGGUCCUUCCCUCAAGUUGAAGCAUUUGGAGAUACAGUAUUGCCAAAUGCUAUCUUCCCUGAAGAUUAAUCAGAGUGUCAAUCUUGUCUCUUUUAACUUCGAAGGAACGGAAACGAAUUUCGAGCUUGAUAUUGUUACUUCAGUUCUUGAUGUUCAUAUUGAUACAUGCUUCUUUCCGUCUUUGUCUGGACUUGUUACUACACUUGCAACUAAAUUCACUCAACUUGUGAUGCUUUCACUUAAAGUGUAUUCUGUUCAACUGGAGGACUAUUAUUCUCUUCCAAAAUUGAACAAUCUCAAGCAGCUUAUGUUGAGUGUUACGAGCGCUAUCGAUUGUAGCCUAAUUGGAAUUCCUCCUCUUCUCGAUGCAUCUCCAAACCUGCAAAAAUUCGAGAUCGAGGUAUGCACAAACUUAAGUUUAUUCUUUAGCUUUAAAUGUAGUAGUAGUGUUUUAUUUAAAUGA